AUGGAGCAAGAAGAAGCAGCUCCGGAGGACGCGGGCUCGCAGCUGAUGCUCAGGAUCGAGCGUCCGGUUUACGAUGAAGCUCUCAUCAGGAAGCAGCUCCUACACCGUAAAGACAACUCCAUCACCUUCCGUCAGAGGCUGGCUGACAAGUUGAGGUGUUCGUCAGAGAGGGCCAAGGCGGUGGUUUUCAGUUUUCUGCCAAUUCUAACAUGGCUGCCAUCCUAUCCUGUCAAGAAGUACCUUCUGUCCGAUGUGAUCUCAGGUCUCAGCACAGGAGUUGUGCAGCUCCCACAAGGUCUUGCCUACGCUCUACUGGCCGCCGUGCCUCCAGUUUAUGGUCUGUACUCCUCGUUUUACCCCGUUCUGCUGUACACCUUUUUUGGCACGUCCAGACACGUGUCGAUGGGUACCUUCGCUGUAAUAAGUCUGAUGAUCGGGGGUGUUGCAGUGAGGGAAGCCCCAGAACUAACGGAGUCCUUUCAACUCGCUGCCAACGCCUCCAACUCCUCCAACUCCUCCGUGGUGUCCGAUGCAGAGGAUUUUACUGCUAAGAGGGUCCAGGUGGCUGCGGUGCUCACUACUCUGGUGGGAAUCAUCCAGAUUGUCUUUGGUCUUCUCAGGUUUGGCUUUGUGUCGAUCUACCUCACAGAGCCUCUGGUGCGGGGCUUCACCACAGCAGCAGCCUUGCACGUCGUCAUCUCCCAGCUCAAGUACUUACUGGGGGUGAAAACGGAGCGUUUCUCUGGGCCCCUCUCUGCCAUUUAUUCUGUCAAGGCAGUAUUGAGUCAAAUCACCAGCACCAAUAUUACCUGUCUCCUCUUGGGCCUCGCAUGCCUCGUGUUCCUGUAUGGGGUCAAAGUUCUCAACGAACGCUUUAAGAAGAAGCUGCCAGUACCCAUUCCUGGAGAGAUUGUUGUGGUCAUUGUGUCAACUGGGGUUUCUUUUGGUUUAGCCUUAAAAGAGAAAUACAAUGUGGACAUAGUUGGAAGCAUUCCAACAGGGCUUCGCCCUCCUGCUGUCCCAGACUUCUCUCUGAUUUCCAGUUUAAUCCCAGAUGCUUUUGCUGUAGCGAUCGUAGGAUUCUCAAUGAACAUCUCACUAGCUAAAAUCUUUGCCCUGAAACACGGCUACAGUGUGGAUGGCAACCAGGAGCUGAUCGCCCUCGGCCUCUGCAACUUCAUAGGCUCCUUCUUCCAAACCUUUGCCAUCACUUCCUCCAUGUCCAGGAGUCUGGUUCAGGAGAGCACCGGAGGAAAAACUCAGAUUGCAGGGCUGCUGUCGUCACUUGUGGUGCUGCUGGUGGUCGUGGCCAUUGGUUAUGUCUUCGAGUCGCUCCCUCAGACUGCACUAGCAGCCAUCAUCAUGGUCAACCUGAUCGGGAUGUUCAAGCAGUUCAGAGAUCUUCCCAUAUUGUGGAGGACCACCAAAAUCGAGCUGAUUAUCUGGCUGGUGUCCUUUAUAGCGUCUGUGCUGUUGGGUCUGGAUUAUGGUCUCCUAGCAGCUCUCGCGUUUGCCAUAAUAACUGUCAUCUACAGGACACAGAGCCCCAGGAGUUCUAUCCUGGGCCACGUCUCCAGCACAGGACUGUAUUAUGACGUGAACCAGUACGAGGAGGCUUCUGAAUACGAGGGGAUUAAGAUUUUCCACUCCAACUCCUCCAUCUACUUUGCUAACAGUGACCUGUAUGUGACCAAACUCAAGGAGAAGACAGGAGUAAACCCAGAGCAGUUGUUAGAAGUGCGGAAAGCCCAAAAAAAGCAGCGGAAAAAGGCAGAACAGGACCUGAACGCUCCACUGAACAUUUGUGCUAAGUCCAAGGACAAGACGAUGACCCACGAGGUUUCACCUCCGAGUCAGGAGGUGCAGGAGCAGAGGAACGGCGAAGUGGAAGACAAGCGCAGCGAGUCCCCGUCUGAGGAGGCCGUGUUCCUGGAGCCUCUCAGCCCCGUUCACACCAUCAUCCUGGACUGGAGCGCCGCCAGCUUCAUCGACUCUGUGGGAGCCAAAGCCGUCAAACAGGUCAUAAAGGUUUACGCUGCAGUGGACAUUCAGGUGCUCAUAGCCGGCUGCAACAGGAACCUUCUGGAUGAGCUGGACACCUUGCAGUUUUUCACAGACGACGUGAACCUCGGCAUGGUGUUCCCCACGGUUCAUGACGCGGUGCUGCACUGCCGGCGCGCUGGAUCAAGCCCGCCUGCAGCUCCAGAUGAAGCGUGAUCCCGGCGGGGCCACCACCUGAGCAACAGCCUGCCUGUAGCAACAGAGGACUCGUCUCCGUGUUGUUGAAGCUUUACAGCUGAGAGGAACUGAGCACUCGUUCAUAUUGAACUGGAGUCAUUUUAGCACAGCUAGAGCCGUUUUUCUUUUUCUACUCCAAACAGCUCAGACAUCUCACAAUCCUCCAAACCACAGAGUUGAAGUGUUCAGAGGUUUGCAUCGUUUCAAAACCUGCCUCCUCUUAGCGGUCCUCAAAAAGAACGGAGUAUUAAAGUUGCACUUUUUUUGUACUUCUGGAGAUCGUCAAGCUGCUGCAGCUCGUCUGGACGACACGGGAAUCGUUUGUGGCGUCACAGUUUCUGAUCAUCUCAUGCUGGUACACGUUGUCCCAGGUUA